CAAAUCAACCAUCAAAAAUCCGGUCGACGAAAAUGGAAACAAGAACAGAAACAAACGAGCUCUGCUCAUGCACAACACAACAUUCUUUUGUUCCAAGCGUCGUACGGCAGGACAAGAAGAAAAGGCCUGGCAAAGAUGGACAAAAGCGGAGACAAAUCUGGAGAUGCCGCACCACAGACUCCAAACCAGCGGGACAGCGGGCAGGCGGACGGUGGGACGGACAAAGGAGAGCGUCAGAGGCGUGCACUCGGUCUCACGGCAAGCCUUUCGUCGGAAACGCCGGGCACGCUUCUUCCGGAUCCGUACCCCGAGUCUUGUCUCGAACGCCGAUCCGAGACCAGUGAUUCGUUGAUAGAACUCGCGAGGCACACCUUCCAGAAAUUGUCCUCGGACGGGGACUGGAGACCGACGCCCAUCCAGCUACAAUCGUGGCCCGUACUGAAAACGAGGUCCAGGAAAGAAUCCUCCUCGAAGAGGGACAAUCUCAACCUGGUGGCGAUUGCAACCACCGGAAGCGGCAAAACCCUGAGCUACUCGGUGCCAAUGGUCGAUUCCUGUGCGUUGGUAAAAGGAAAGAAGAGUCGUCGAUACGUUCACGGAUUGGUAUUGGUACCCACCAGAGAGCUGGCACUCCAGGUCUCGAAGACCUUGAAGGUUGUGACCAAAACAGCAAACAGGCUUUCCGGAAAAAGCGACAAGAUUGCGGCCGUAGCGAUAUACGGCGGCGUCAACCGGGACGAACAGAUCGAUGCGCUGGGCAAGAACUCGCAGUACAUUGUGGCCGCCACACCACUGCGACUGAUCGACCUGCUGGGAAUCGGAGAAAAGGACGGAAACGGAAAGAAACCCGUUCCGAACGAAGCGAUCCAGCGCCUCUUUGAAUCGACGCGGUACCUGGUGAUCGACGAAGCGGACCAGAUGGCCGUCAAGUCCGACAUGUCGGAGCAAGUCGAUCGCAUCGUUGGCUUUUUGCGGGAAAAGUCUUCCGAGUUGCACAAGGAGUGUUUGUUUUCCGCCACGCUGCCGCGCCGCGCCGUUGCCAAGUGCAGCGAGUGGAUCCACGGGCCCAGGGCCACCGUAAAGGUAGACACCGUGACGGUCGGGAAGGAUUCCAACAAGGAUUCCGGAAACCACGCCCCGGAAGAAACAAAAGGGAGGGCCGCGGAGUGCAAGGGGCCCCUGGAUCUGUCCACCAUCCCCGCCCACAUCACGCAGACCCUGCACGUCUGCGCCAACCACAAAAAGCCAAAGAAACUCAUGACGACCAUCAACAAGGUCCGAAAGGCCGAGAAGGAAUCGGGAAACCGGCGCAGCAGGGGUCUUUUGAUUGUGUUCUUUGGUCGCAUCAAGACCUUGCAGUGUGAGUGAUUCGGAUUGGUAUAUAUUUGAGCGGUUGUGCCAUCGGCAUUCCUUGGCAGUGGUCAACGCAUUGUGGAUCCUGACUCACGAAAUUCUCUUCCUUUUUUCAAAUGCCAGACGUUCACAAUUUGUUGGAAAAAGAACAAAUCAAGGGGAUUGCGUUGCACAGCCAAAUGAAUCAGAAGAAACGAGAAUCGCAGCUCAAUUUGUUCCGGAGUGGCAAAUGCCCUAUUCUCCUAGCAACCGAUGUCGCUGCCAGGGGAAUCCACAUCAAAAACGUAGAAUACAUUAUAAACUACGAC